GAUUCGUGUUCACUUGGGCCUCGACGUUGUGGUCUCCUCCUUCCCCUGUUUGCACUUUGCCCGCCCCCGCCAGCACACAGGCCCAGCCUCUUGUCUCUUGACCACCAUCAUCUCGUUUCAUCCGUCGAUCACUGCCGCGAGUCCUACCGACUCACCGACACCCAAAGUUUCUCAACUAGUUCACCAAUAAUACAUAGCCUAGUCGCUUUCGUUCUUGCCGCUUUGCUAUGAGCAUCGUCGCUGCACCGCAACGUGCAUACGAACACAUUGCCUCACCAGAAAUUCCGCAAAGGGGAGUGCCAAUGAACACUCUUCCACCUUUCGACCACCUUACCACGCCUCCUAUGCCCUCUAAUCCACUCCCGCCGACCGCCCCCAUCGGCCCACAACCAAUGUCUAUCACGGAUCGUUCACCCAUUGCCCUCCCCAAGGUCGGCCAAACUCGUUGUUACUGGUCUCUCCUCACGCCCGAGCUCACGUUUCUGUAUCUGGACCCUGUGCUUGCAACGCAUCUGCAACAACAGGCCGAGAAACUUAUCGGCAAAUCCCUGCUUACCUAUGUUCAUCCCGAAGAGCAGUCUUCGGCUGAGCGUGACCUGGGUAGUGUCUUAGAAAGUAGGACAUUACACGGCAGCGUUACUCGUGUACGCUAUUCCCGCUUGCCCAGCAUCCGACGCGAGCUCGGAUACCAGGGUCCCGACGAAGAGUGGGCAGAUGCGCAGAAAGUCGCUACUGACGAUAACUACAUGCCCAUCGAUAUUGUCAUCAAUUGGGCUGCGGAGGGCCUCGUGUUAUGCUUCAUGCAUGCAGUAAUGGACCUUGAGCCACGCGAUAAUGACGAAAACAACAAGACGCAGUGGACCAACUGGUGCGGAACACCAUACAUGAGCGUGGAACAGGUACAGCUGCUGUACGACCAGCUCAUGAAAAGGGUGCAUCCUUCGCCAACUUUGCAUCGUGUAUUCCAGAUCCUGCUGAAUCAGCCGGAUCGUCCUCUAUGGUUCAGUUGGCCUCCGGAUCCGCCGCUAGGGCAAGGGCCCACUUCGAAAGAAUUUGCACGCCUCGCGGCGGAAGUCCAAAUCGGGAACUCCGCUACGAACGGCACGGACGCUAAAACGAGCUGCACAAGACGGUAUAAGGCGCUUCAGACCAUGCAUAUGGGUCCGGAAGGUACUCAAGAAGUUGAAAGCAUCUUCAUUCCCUACGGUUCCAUCAUCUUCGCGUGUCAUCGAGUGAAUCAUAGGCCAACCCCUAUCGUCCCGCAGUCCAUGUACGGCGCCAACAAUCACCAUGGUCAACACUACAACUCCCAGUACUACGACCAGUCAUACAGUGUCCCCGCCGUGGCUCCUCCAACUCACAACAGCGCGUAUGGCCCACCCCAGUCAGGAUACCCCUCGCAGCAUGGGGGGUGGCCGUCAGGAUCUGAGCCGAGCCCUCCUCCUCACGGGCACUGGGGGCCUCAGGGACCUACCCAAGCUGUGAGCAGUGUUCGUUCCUCGUCGUAUCCGCCACCUCCUCAACAUCAAUGGUCUUCGCAGCCCCCAUACAUGGAGGGACAAACACCCUACUCGUACCCUCCGCCACCCGGACAUCAGUAUCAAGGAUCCGGGCGUGCAUCGCCACCUCACGAACCUCCUUCACCUGGCAGCGACGUCGUCCCUGCAUCGAGGAUACCGCGGAGGGGUAACAGGGAGCGAGAGUCUUAUGCUAAUGGACGGGGAACGGGGAAUCCGCCUACCGGAGUGGGUAAGUGCGCUAGUUGUAAGGUGACACAUAGUCCGGAGUGGAGAAAGGGCCCGAGUGGCAAGAAAGAUCUUUGCAACGCUUGUGGUCUCCGUUAUGCCCGUUCAAGAGCGAAGAAAGAAGGAAGUGCCCAUCGCCGCCGCAAAGAGCGAGUGAUUACCAUGGCCACAAGAGACGACUCGCCUUCCACCUCAACAGCGGGAGGGUCAUACAACAGCAGUCGUCGGGCAGGGACAUACGAAGAGGGCCCCUAUUCCGCUGCCUCUGCUUCCCCGAGUGAAAGCUAUGCUCGUCACCCUCCGCCAGCGCACAAUGGUGGCCCUCCAACGCCCUCGCCUGAUGGAAAUUUUAUUCCCUACUCGUACGCUGGUCAUAACCAACAUACUCACCCGCAGUCAUCCUCAUCUCCUUCUUCCUCAUCCCCUUCUAGACAACAUUAUGCACCUCCACCUCCGCCACCUCCUGCCCCAAACGCAUUCUAUUCCAUUCCUCCCCCGCCUCCACAUGGUGGGAAUGUGCACCAUAUGCCGACUAGCUCCCCGACGUCGGCCGGGUCACAUCCGAGAAUAGAUACUCUAGGCUCUUAUAGCAACACUCGACAUUCACCCGCGCAUACACCUUCCUCGCCUGCCCACUCACCCGUAAGCACAGGGUUCUCAGCAGCUUCGUUUGAGAGGGAGAGGCAACAUGAUAGGGAACGUGAACGCGACCGGGAGCGCGAGAGGGAUCGAAGCGGAUUGCCUCCUACACCCGACUCUGUGGAAGGUCGAACAGGGCUGGCGAAGCCGGGCUACUGAGCUCUAGUAUGAACAAAAUGACUUUUCAGCGUGCGCCUCGUUUUACUUGUAUUUCUUCUUCUGUCGCGCUGGGAAUUUCCUUUCUCUUAUGACUUCAGGCAUUGCCUCGUGUUCCAUAUGAUUCGAUUCGGUCGGCUUGGUCGUCUCGCUCUGCAUGCCAUGAUUCAUGAUCCUUCAUUCCCCUCUGUAUCGUAUGUUGUGUAUUGUUUCGAAGCGGUCAUACACUCUUUGUCCCCGCCUCUCCACCUCUCCGUAUGUCCAGGUCAUUCGACUACUAGGCUGAGAUUGACUUGCCUCACCUCACACUCUUAAUCCUAAUCUUUCCGCUUCUAGGGCUCAUCGUGUCUAUCUCUCGCCUUUGUCAUUCUUCGUUUCUCUCCUACUAUUCGUAUCCUGUACUGUACUAGUUUUAGAUAAAAUGACGUCUUUCGUAGUACCAGAUAUGAUAUUUCCUUUGUCUAUCUCCAUUUGUUCUGUCCCUCGAUCUCCGUCUGGGCCACCCUGAAUUCGUUCCUUCUUCAAUCU